UGAUGUAAUAAAGAGUUAAAUAAAUAAAUAAAUAGACUAUAAAUUGAAAUUUGACAUUGACAUUUAUGGACGAAAAUAAAUCGUAUCCCGUUGCCGACGCCGUCGAGCGACACAGUGUUCACUUUUCAACAAGCAAUCGUUUAUUACGCAAGUCCAUUGUGAUAAGUAUCAUUUAAAUGGUCGCAUCACUGUGAUAUAUGAAAAUUGUGUUAAUUUUUGGACGUUCUUUGUAGUGUAUUGUGAUUAUAUAUUUAAAUAUUAGUUAUAUAAUUAUCUAGAUAUGCCAAUGUAGAAUAGUAGGUGCCUUAUUACAUGUAUGUAAUUACAUUUAGUAUGUAACUAAGGUUUUUAGUGGACAUCAACGAGUUUCAAAAAGCAUAAGAAUGAAGAAAUUAUUAUAUUUUCUAAUAUUUAUUUUCCUGAAGGCGAGUUUCUCAGAAAGUUACAAGAUACUGGUAUCGUUCCCUGUGCCCAGUAAGAGUCACAAUAUUCUUGGUAAUGGAGUGGUCAGGAAUUUAUUAAAAGCUGGACAUGAGGUAACAUACAUAACACCAUAUCCAAUAAACGAUCCACCACCAAAUCUGCGACAAAUUGAUGUUUCCGCUAACAUAAAUCUUAUGCAAGACAAUAUAAAUAUAAAAACAAUAAUGGAAAAAGAAGUAGAUUUAAAAGAUUGGAAAUUUUUCUUCAAGAUGGUAAAAAGUAUAAACAGGGACACAUUAUUGAGUGAAAAUGUACAGAGAUUGUUAAACGACCCCAAUGAACAAUUUGACCUCUACAUGCCGGAAUGGUUUUAUACAGAAUCACAUAUAGGCAUAGCUGCUGUAUUCGGAUGCCCAUAUAUAUGGAUAUCAACGGUUGAACCUCAUUGGGUCAUCACGAGGCUAAUUGACGAAAAUCUUCACCCAGCUUAUAAUCCUGAUAUUCAGUCAAGCAGCUCUAUCCCCUUCAGCUUCUACGAGAGAGUGCAACAAUUAACAAAUCAACUUACGAUGACAGUAAUACAAUUAUUUUACUUGGAUAGACUUGAAGAACAACAAUAUACGGAUGUUUUCAAACCAAUAUUAGCGAAAAGAGGGAAGACAUUGCCAGCGUAUAAUGAAAUUUUAUACAACGCAUCCUUGACAUUAGGUAACUCGCAUGUAUCUUUGGGUCAAGCGACAAGGUUACCGCAGAGUUACAAGCCUAUCGGAGGAUACCACAUUGAUUAUAAUAAUACUGCGUUACCAAAGGAUCUGAAACAAAUAUUAGACAAUGCAAAGAAUGGCGUGAUUUAUUUUAGCAUGGGAUCCAUUUUGAAAAGCAAGGAUAUGCCGAAUGAGAUUAAAAAAGGACUUUUGAAAAUGUUUGGUGAACUUGAAUAUACUGUGCUAUGGAAAUUUGAGGAAACGUUACCUGGUCUACCCGAUAAUGUCCAUAUAUUACAGUGGGCUCCACAACAAAGUAUUUUAGCGCACCCCAAUUGCAUUCUCUUUAUAACACACGGUGGUCUUCUUUCAACGACGGAGGCAGUUCACUUUGGGAAACCCAUGAUAGGGAUACCAGUAUUCGCUGAUCAAUUUAUCAACGUAGACAGAAUGACGAAGAAAGGUUUCGCUAAGAAAGUUGAUUUAACAUUUAACGUGGCAGAAGAUCUUAAAGAAACAAUUAUAGAUAUUCUUAAGGAUCCCAGUUACGCGAAAAGAGCGAAGGAGCUAUCGUUUAUAUACCACGACCGUCCCGUGUCACCUGGUAAAGAGUUGGUGCACUGGGCGGAGCACGUGGUGCGCACGCGCGGCGCGCCGCACCUGCGCUCGCCCGCGCUCCAAGUGCCGCUGUACCAGAAGUGCUACCUCGACCUGGUAGCGCUCCUUGUAGCCUGUUUGAUACUUAUAAGAAUAGUGUUAAGAAAAUUAAUUAAUUUGUUAUUUAAUAAGAACAAAAAGAUAAGAAAAGAAAAACAAAUU